AUGCCGGUCGACGGGUGCACAGAGCACAACUUCCUCCUCCAGUCCGUGAUCGUCGAGACCCGUCGCGACACAAGGAUCGCCAGCAAGUGCGCCAUUGCCUGGCUCGACCUCUCCAACGCGUUCGGCUCCGUCCCGCAUGCCUCGCUCUUCCGAUGCCUCGAAUACGCUGGCCUUUCCGUGGAGGCGAUCGAAGAAAUUCGUCGUCUCUACGAAGGUGCCACAACAUCCGUCCGAAGCUCGACUGGUCCGACUCCGGCCAUCAACAUUCAAGCGGGUGUCAAGCAGGGCUGUCCACUUUCGCCGAUCGUGUUCAACCUCGCCCUCGAGCCCGUCAUCCGUGCCGUCAUCAACAUGGAUGCUGGCUUCGUGAUCAAUGACAGGAUGGUGUCGGUGCUCGCCUAUGCUGACGACCUGGCCAUCGUGACCAAGGAGCCCGAAGAUCUACAUGCCGUGCUCAAGACCGUAUCCGAAGUCUCUACAUGGCUCGGUCUCGUGUUCAACAGCAAAAAGUGUGCCAGCCUCGUCAUCAACUCCAACAAGCACACCACCAUGCCAAUCGAGUACAAGGUUCAAGGAUCCAGGAUGGUGACGCUCGACUCCAACGACCACUACGAACAUCUCGGCGUGCCCACCGGCUACUACCAAGGCUCUUCUGCAGACAAGACCAUCACGAAGAUGCACCAGUGCCUCGACAAAAUUCACUCUUCUCUACUCGCCCCUUGGCAGAAAGCGGAUGCCGUCAACACCUUCAUCCUGCCUUGCAUCGCCUUCCAUCUGAAGAAUGGCCACGUCGGGAAGAAGCAGCACCUCAUCCCGUUCGACAAGAAGUUGAAGAAGUUCGCCAAGUCGUGGUUGAGCCUCCCGAGUCAAGCUAGCCCCGAAGUCGUCUACCUGCCGCACAACAUGGGAGGCCUCGGCCUCAUCCAGACGAAAACCCUCGCCGAUGUGAUGCAGCUGGUGCAUGCUGUCCAAUUGUUGGAGUCGACUGAUCUCGGCCCAAUGACUGCUCAGCUGCUCCGUACGGCUGUGCAGAAGAAGAUCAAGCGUGCGCCAACCGACUCCGAAGUGGCCGACUACCUGAACCAGAAGCUCGACGGCGCCUUCGAGACGUACUACGCCGACACCCGCAACAUGUGGACAAGAGUGCGACAAGCGACCGGCCACCUCGUCAAGACCGACAAGCUCGAUGUGAAGUGGACGUGGACCAACGACAAGAUCCAACUGCUCGUGCUCGGAUGUGGCGUCACCAAGAAGACGUGUGAAAGGAUGCUCAAGCGCGCCGUCCAUCAAGCUCAGCUCGUUCACCUCACCGCCAAGAAGAGCCAGGGCAAGGUCUACAACAUCACCGCCCACCAGCCCGUCUCCAACUACUUCCUGCGUGACGGACGCUAUAUCCGCUUUGCGGACUGGCGCUUCGUUCACCGUGCAAGACUCGACGUCGUUCCACUAAAUGGCUGCAACCGCGCCCGUGAUCAGAAAGACAAGCGUUGCCGAAGAUGUGGCUACCAACUCGAGAGUGUCGCCCACGUCCUGUGUCAUUGCCCUGCUCACGCCCACGCCAUCACCCUUCGCCACAACGCCGUCCUCGACCGCCUCGUCAACGCCAUCAAGCUGCCCGCGACCACCACGAAAUAUGUCAAUGUCAAGAUCCCCGGCACUGAUGGUCAACUACGUCCCGAUCUCGCCCUCGUCGACCAUGUGAAGAAGCGUGUGACGAUCGUGGACGUGACCAUGCCGUUCGAGAACCACGACCUGAGCGUCUUCGCUGCCGCACGUGCCGAGAAGCUCCGCAAGUACGCCGACAUCUUCAACAAGUUCAACGCGGAUGGCUACGACACGUUCCUGGACGCCUUCAUCGUCGGGCCACUCGGCGGAUGGGACCAAGAAAACGACAACGUGCUGCGCCGACUCGCCGUCUCCGUCAAGUACGCCGCGCUGAUGAAGAAGUUGAUGGUCGCCGAUGCGCUGAAGUGGUCAAGAGAUGCCUACGUCGAGCACAUCACCGCCCACCGCCAAUACCAAGCA